GGUGCAGUGAAGAGUACAGGAACGUAAAAGCUCUUUUGUUUGGACAAUGCAAGUAAACGUCACGUACACCACGUGACUGUAGUCCAGGAAGUAAAACGAGUGUCAACAACAAAAUGAUGUCUUCUCCAGAAUGGCACCUGUCUCUGAAGCUGGUGGAUCAGUCAAAAUCAAUCUUUCACUUCCCAGAGAUGAUGCCUGGAGAUGUUUCUCCUGGAGGAUACAGAGUUGCUACUCUAAAACAACUUGUUGCAGCUCAGCUCCCAGACUCUGUCCCAGAUCCAGAACUCAUAGAGCUGGUCCACUGUGGGCGGAAACUUAAGGAUGACCUGACACUGGAUUCCUGUGGGAUUCAACCGGGAGCUACCCUACACAUACUCAAGAAGACUUGGCCAGACCCUGAGAGCAGUCCAGAACCUGUGAACAGAGCGACUGCAGCCAGAGAGUUCAGGGUGUUCCAUGCAGCUCUUCACUCUCUAAACUCUACCUACAGAGACUCAGUAUAUAAAAUGCUGACAAACAAAGAGUCUCUGGAUCAGAUCAUUGUGGCCACACCAGGGCUCAGGUCAGACCCAGUUGCCUUAGGUGUACUGCAAGACAAAGAUCUCUUUGUGCAGUUCACAGACCCUAACAUGCUGGACAUAUUGAUCAGCUCACAUCCAGCCCUUGUCAAUGCCAUCAUCCUGGUCCUCCACUCUGUGGCAGGCAGUAUGCCCACUCAGUCCAGUGCCAGCUCCUCUCGCAACGUCUCUGCCAGUUCCUACAGCGAUAUGCCAGGAGGCUUCAUGUUUGAGGGCAUGUCUGAUGAUGAGGAAGAUUUCCAGUCGGGGAGCCCAGCAGGUCCUUCCAGCAGAGCAGGGGCCUCAGCAGGAAUACGACCAGUGUCUCUGAGCCACAGUGGAGCAACGGGCCCUCGACCAAUAACACAAAGCGAAUUGGCAACAGCUCUGGCCCUAGCAAGCACCCCUGACAGCAGUGCGGUUACUCCAACGACAGCAAGCCAGGCGGACCCCUCUAGCGGUGUCGCUCCCAUGCCAGCAGGGACCCCAGUCAGUAAUGAUCUCUUCAGCCAGGCACUACAGCAAGCUCUGCAAGCCACCAACAUGUCUGCUCUACAGGGCCGCUGGCAGUCCCAGAUGCAGCAACUCAGGGACAUGGGGAUCCAAGAUGAGGAACUGAUGCUGAGGGCGCUGCAGGCCACAGAUGGUGACAUCCAGGCUGCCCUCGAGCUCAUUUUUGCUGGUGGCCCAGGACUCUAAGCCCAUACCCCACGGACAGAGGCUUUUAUAGAGAGAGGAGAGAGCAGGAGGAGCAGAAGGAAGCUUUUACAGGCUUCUUGGAAACUUUGUCAUCCUGCUACCCAGUAAUUAUAAGAAAAAUAUGACUGUACACACCAGAGACUGCCUCAAUGUCCUUGAAACAUGCCGCCACAUACAGUACAGUUUGAAGUGAGCUCCACGCAGUUUUUGUUAUCGAUGUGACUAGACUUGUAAUAAAUUUAAUCAUGCAUA